CUGGAUUGUUGUGUUUUUUCUUUGUAAACCCAUCUUCACUCAAAUAAUACAUAAAGAUUGUAUUUGUGUAGCUUAUUAUUAUGUAUAUAUUCAAUUUCCAAGUACUUUUCCUGGAAUGGGAUAGAGGAAUAACCAUUGAAGACUGGAUGCUUCAGCUUAUUAUAGAAGCUUGCCACCUGCAGAAAUGCAAAAGGCAAAGGAUGGGUUCAGUGCAAUGGAUAAAACUGGAAGUGGAAAAGUGAGCCUCAAGGAAUACUCGGAAUAUUUUAAACAAAGAGGGCUUGUAGAGCUUACUUAUCCCGAUUUGUUCAAAGCAUUGGAUACAAAUGGAGAUGGCAGACUCGAUUUCGAUGAAUAUAUCACUGUCUACUACCUCUGCAUGAACAAUAAACUGAUAUAUUGUGGAGAAUGCGGGGUCUUUCUCUCUGGAUCCUACAUGAGUUGCCGUCAAUGCUUCAAUAAUGGUUCUGGGGAUCCCUAUAAUAUUUGUUAUGAUUGUUAUAGCAGAAACAACAUUGAUCAUCAUAAGGAUGCUACCUUUGUCGAUAAUAUACAACUCCACUGCUUCGCAGUUAAAGGCUCUGCAGAUAACAAUGGCUCCACAACUCGAAGCUCCGGUGGUAAGAUACGUACGAGGGAUAAACUUACAGCAGCUAUGUUAGGGGUCUCGAUGGUGAAUUUAGGAAUAAAUACUGCAAAGUUUGUGGCAACUAGUAAACCAGACGCUGCAUCCGGAUUAUCCGAGCAUGGAAGUACUUCUGCUGAUGUCGUAUCCAAUGUUUCGGGACAUGGAAGUAAUUUUGCUGAGCAUUUAAGUAGUGCUGCUGAUCUUGCAUCAAAUUGUUCUGUCAUGUAAAAUGUAUAUUUUGCAGCCUUCAACAAAAAAGAGAGCUGUAAAACUUGUGUGCUUGACUAUA